AUGUUGGGUGGAAACGGGGCAGGAAUAGGUACAAGAGCAGGGGGCGCGCGAUCUGGAAAUGGGACUGGGUUGAAUGCUCUUCAAGUUAAUAACCCAGGAACGAACAUGAGUGGUGCUGAAGGUGGAAGGUUUGACGACCGAAUCAGAGAAUACUCAGCCGAGGUGGUGUACAGCGGCUCUGAACCAGAGUCCGACUCCGGGGAUGAUGAUGAGACCAUGGGUUCAGCCGGGGACAGAAGAGGGGUGAAACGGGAGAGAGCUGAGAUGGAAGUCGCUGCAUCGGCGACGUCGGUGGGGCUACCCCCGGGAGGUUAUGGCGGUGUCACGGGAGGUGCAACUGGGGCAAAACCAGGCAAGAAAACCCGCGGACGAGUCAAGAUCAAAAUGGAAUUUAUAGACAACAAACUUCGGCGGUACACAACUUUUAGCAAGAGGAAGACUGGCAUUAUGAAGAAGGUUAGUUGACAGUAGUCUGUCUCUCUGUUUUCAUUGCAGACAUGCUGCCAACCUGUGCUCGUGCUCUCACACCUGCGCAGACGUUCCAUUUCACAGCCACAAGUGUUGGCUCUUUGGUAAAAACUCAUGAAAACAAAUAUUUGCUUUUUGGUCUUAAUUUAAGGUUAGCAGUGUGCUUAGGUUUAAAAUCAAUUUUAAGAGAAAUGGUAGAAGGCGGGGGCUGUGGUAACUAGUUAUGACCUGUUUCAUGUGAUGUAACUUACAGCUAACUAAUUGAUUUAACCUUUCUUUUCUCAGGGAGUCAUACUGAGACCAAGGUCUAUUUUACAGAUGAGCCCUAAAUUACAGGAAAUACACACAUCCAAGUAUAAAUGCACAACACGGUCAUACAAAACAAACACAUUCAUCAGUAAUAAGGUCCUCAAUCAGCUUUCUGAAUUGCCCUAGAGGCACGAGAAUUUCAAAUUUCCAGAGUUAGCCAUUCCUGAGACCGGUGUGGUAACUUGUAUGUCUCAAGUUUGGUAAUGAUGUUAGGGAUAUUGGGGCUUUUUGUAAAAGGGCUUUAUGAAUGAAAACAUAGCAAUGUAUCAACCUACGUGAUAUCGGAGGGCCAACCAACUCUCUGGUAGAGAAUGCAGUGAUGAGUACUAAAAUUGUCGCCCGUAAUAAAGCGCAAUGCGCUAUGAUAAACAGCAUUUAAUGGCUUUAAUGAAGUGGCAGCUGCGUUCAUAUAGAUGAUGUCGCCAUAGUCUAGGACCGACGUCGACUGAAUAAUCUGCUUUCUACUAUUUAGCGAGAGGCAGGACCUAUUUCGAUAGAAUAAGACCAUUUUUCUCAGCUUCUUAAGUAACUCAUCAAUAUGCUUUUUAAAAGCAAGCUUUUCAUCUAUCCAGAUGCCCAGAUAUUUGUAAGCACUGACACGAUCAAUAUGGACAGCAUCCAAAGUACAUAUGCUUAAAUCAUCAGACUUAUUUUUAUGCGCUCUAGAAAACAACAUAUACUUAGUUUUAGCUGCAUUCAGUUCUAAUUUGAGGUCAACGUUUUUCUGUAAUACAAUAAAGGCAGACUGCAGUUCAGAUAGAGCCUGGUCAACCGUGGGCGCAAUAGCAUACACAACAUUAUCAUCUGCAUACAAGUGCAGGUUACACUUUUUUUUUUUUUACAGACAAGAUGAUAUUGUUAAUGUAAACAUAAAAAAGUACAGGACCCAGAAUCGACCCCUGCAGGAUACCUUUCAUAAUGUCCAGGAAACCUGAUUUAACACCAUCAGUAGAGUAUUUUUUAUUUUAUGUGGUAACUUACAGCUAACUCAUUUGAGUUCAAUGGUCUGAGGCCCUAUUAUAGAUCAUAUUCAUAACACAAUGUUUUCAUGAGGAGUUCUUGAUUAGGCUGUCCAGAGUAUCUACUUUUCAUGGGCUGCUACAUAGUUGCAGGACUGAUUAGAUUUGUAGAGCAAUUCAGCUUCUACAGAGGAUCAAGAGAGACUGGUGAGAAGAACAUUUGAAUGCAUUCCUGCAAUCACCUCCAAGUUAUAGCCCAAUAAAAACCGGAGUGUGCAAUUACUUGCUGCCAAAGCCACUUUCUUUUCAAGGCAGCUCAAUAUUGUUUGAUCUGGCCUGUUUGGUUAGGCAUAACACUAUUUGCAUUUAGGUUGGGUCAUCAUGUGUAGGCCGAUAACCUCAUCCUAGAUACGUCUAGGAGCAUGCAUGUGUUCCUCAGGCCUGUGGUUUUAAUGUCACAUGCACAAGUACAGUGAAAUGCCUUUCUUGCAAGCUCCACAAAAUAACAUAAGGUAGAACAAAAACACAAGAAAGUAAUACGUUUUUCCUUUCGCUUUUAUGUACAGGGUCAGUUCCAAUACCAUAUUUACAAUGUGCAGGGAUACUGGAGUGAUUAGAGGUAGAUAUGUAUAGGGGUAAGGUGACAAGGCAUCAGGAUAUAUGAUAAACAGAGUAGCAGCAGCGUAUGUGAUGAUUGUAUGCGAGUGUGUGUAGAGUCAGUAUAAAUGUGUGUGCUUGUUAUGCGUGAGUGUGUAGGGUCAACUCGGUCUGUGUAGCCAUUCUGUUAGCUAUUUAGCAAUCUUAUGGCAUGGGGAUAGGAGCUGUUCAGGAGCCUGUUGGUGUCAGACUUGAUGCACCUGUACCGCUUGCCCUGCGGAAGUGGAGACAAGUCUAUGGCUUGGGUGGCUGGAGUCUUUAACGAUUUUCCGGGCCUUUCACACCACCUGAUAUAGAGGUCCUGGAUGGCAGUGAGCUCUGCCCCAGUGAUGUACUGGGCUGUCCGCACCACCCUCUGUAGUGCCAUGUGAUCGAGGAUGGUGCUGUUGCCAUACCAGGCAGUGAUGCAGCCAGUAAAGAUGCUCUCAAUGGUGCAGCUGUAUAACUUUUUGAGGAUUUGAAGGCACAUGCCAAACGAGAUUAGCAGUAAGGAGAUAAUUUGGGUUGAGAAGCAGGGAGGUAUUUAGGUUGGGAAUGAAUGAUUCCUCCUCAAUGGGGCUUUAAGCUCAGGGAGCUAGGCAAGUUCUGUUAGGAUACCUAAACUGUACUAUGAGUAGCUUACCUUAAGGCCUUUGCAGACUGUACGAUUUUAGCCGUCUUUUGCCACGAUUUUGCCAUCCCAGACAAAAUGUCUAUGACGUGGGCAAAUUCUUAGGUUGUAAACGAUUGUCAGACGUCUUGGCUCGUUCAGUGUGACCGGGUCUAGGUCUUCUGAUUUGAAGUACCACAACGUGCGGUCGUAGACAAUUCUUUUUAGCUUUUAUCAUGUAGUGUGGCUGGUGUUAGGAGCUGAUCCCAAUGACUGACCAAUAGGAACAUGGAACCAGCACUGAGUAUGCACACAAUAAUAUGAUUAUUGUGAAUAGGCAGAUUAAUAUAAUAGUUUGAUUUAAAUGUUUAGCCUACAUGCUGUGCAAGAACGAUUUCCCUAAUAAUCUUGUUUACAUGACACAUCUGCAUGAUAAAUGUGCAAUGUUCUACCACAGCGACUAUUUGAUUCAGAGUUCGGACAUAUAAAGGUAGUAUGUGAAAACGUUUUCUAAGAUGCAUACUUUCAGUUUUUCCAAACUCACUUCACUCGCGCAUAAGCAUAGAGUGAGGCUUGCGCUACUGACACAAAAUCCGAGAUCAAAUACACCGCUGCAGUUGACGUAGCCUCGCAAGCCAAUCGCCGAAUGUGACGACAGAUCUGAAGCAAAUCGUAAAAUCCAGCCAGGUUGAUAUCAAGAUUUUAAUUAGGUAACAGCGCACAGUGACCUGAUAAUCGUAAAACUGAAUCCGACGUAGAGUCUGCAAAGGCCUUUAGGAGUUAAACAAUCCCGCUCAGGGCAGGGGUACUUCACGGAUUUUUGUACCCAGGUGUGCUGUAUGCAGCAGGGAGGGGCAAGAACAAGUUGGCAACCACUGUUACAAAAUAUAGGCAAGGAAAGGGGCUACCUAGUCAGUUGCACAACUGAAUGCAUUCAACCGAAAUGUGUCUUAGGCAUUUAACCCAACCCCUCUGAUUCAGAGAGGUGCGGGUGGCUGCCUUAAUCAACAUCCACGGCGCCCGGGGAGCAGUUGUCUUUUUCCACCUUGCUGACUCUGGGAUUCGAACCAGCGACCUUUCGGUUACUGGCCCAAUGCUCUUAACCACUAGGCUACCUGCCGCCCCAGGAGGCCCUGGUUCACUUGGAAAAGCAGACUGCAACGUAGAGUAAGGCACUGAUUUGAUGUGCGACAAAAUCUGAGCUUUGAGCUAUCACUGCUCCUCCAUGGUGCACUGCCAACACACACCCCCUCUUGCAGAGCAAUACUGUGUGGGUGCCUAGGCAACCACAAGGUUCCUUCCACUCUGCAAUGAGGAGGCAAUGCCGCUUCUGCAUGGGAAAGGGUAUACCUAGUCAGUUGCACAACUGAAAGUCUUCCACAUUUCACCCAACCCCUCUGAAUCAGAGAGGUGCAGGGAGCUGCCUUAAACGACGUAAUCGGCGCCCAGGUAGCAGUUGUUGGGGGUUAAUUGCCUUGCUCAAAAGCGAACGGCAGAUUUCCCCACCAUGCUGGCUCAGGGAUUCGAACCAGCGUCCUUUCAGUUACUGGCCCAAUGCGCUUAACCACUAGGUUACCUGACGGCCCAGGGUUGGUGUGUGUGUGUGGGUGGGUGUCUGCACAAAUGACAACCUACAGAAAGUGUUGCUGCAAAGUGGAGGACACAGGAGCGCUAGGCCUACUCUCUUCAACUCUAUAUUCUCCUUCCUAUCGUUUGCCCCUUCCUGUUUUUGUAGCCUUGUUUUCUAAUCAACACUGGUUGCUUUCUGAUGUCGUCCCAGUUUUAGGAGCACCAUAAAGUGCUUGAAUACACUGAAUAGCAUACACAGCCAACUGGCCAAUGGCUUCUGCCAAAAAGAUCCCCUCCCCUCCUACUACUAUCCCAUAGUGCCUGGGAGCCCUGGGCUUGUUCCAGCCAUGCUCCCUGCUGCCUACACAGGCACAAUGUUAUGCUUGGCUGUGGGGUUCCCCUUGGAAACAACAGCUUGUGCUCACCGAGAUGCUUUUAAGAAAUGGCUAUGCAUGGUGGAAGGAAGCUUGGUCUGGGCUGCGUUAAGAAGGGCACUGUGUUGUGGUACUAAUAGCCUGUGUAGAACAAACAUGACCCUCUGACAUGCUGAGUAAGUAAUCAUGUUAGUUCUAUUCAUGACAUUUCUAUUUGCAAUGUUCCACAACGUUUUGCCUUCUGAACGUGGCCCUGCACUGCUCUAAGCAACUAAUGCGCUUGUUCAGAAACAUUUAACUCUUACUCUCCCAAUAACCUCUAUCCUAACUCUCUCUCCACUCUUGGCCUUUUGUAGGACUACAGCCCAGAGACCACGUUGCUUGUUCUCUCCAAUAUCAAUAAAUACUUGUUAGUUAGAAGACGUGCUUGCUGCCACACCAUGUUGCAUCAGUGCUAAGGAAUUCUGUGUGUUUUGGCAGAGCACAUUUCUAGAAUGUUUGCAUUGAAUAUCCAUGUACUGUCAUUUUGAUUUAGGGAUUAAGCUUGUGAGAAAAAGUAAUAAUUUAUUAUAAAUUAGGCAAAUUAUUUGGGCUGUGUAGAGCUCCAAUAGCAGCUCAAUGAAGCCAGAUAUGAGUGAUUGUCUACAGGGGGAGAGAACAGUAAUUGUUGCUCAUGAGUUGUAUGACGUUUUGCAUGAAAUUUGUAUGAAUGGUUUUGCAUUUAUAUACCGCUUUUCAUGAGGUCUCAAAUGACUGCAUUGAGACCCUGUGAAAACCCCCACUAUAGGCCGAUAUCCUAAAUCCAUUUUGUCAUUCACUGCAACUGUAGGCCAUACUGUAUCACAAAUUUAACAAUAUAUUGAUACAUUUAAUUCAUUUUAAUUACUAAUAAAGAUGCAUGCAAAGGCCUGUUGAUAUCCAUCGACGCUCCCAACUGAUGACCUCCCUAUAUCCAUAUAUCAGUGUGCAAGUGCUGUUCGCCAUCAAUGAAAGAAGUCUACUCAGACAAUUGUCUGUCCGAUGGGAUUUUUCUUGAUUUAAGCAGUUUAUUUAUUAGAAUCUCCCUACUAUUUCUAACAUGUAUCAUAGCAUUAAAAUGGAUCAAUGGAUGAUUAAUUUGUACAGUGACAAUCACGUUCUCUCUUUUUAUUGUUACUGUAAAGUGUUGCGAUUUCAAAUGCACAUCAGCUCCUUACACUCCUGGAAAUUGGCCUAUAUGGAUAGGGCCAACUUGAAAUGUUUCUAACAGAAGAGUUAUUAAAAAGCAUAUGCAUGACCAGAACACUGGCGGCUAUGGGGAAAUUAUUACAUUUUGGUUAUUUCAGACCAAAGUUGAGGACACAAGACUGAAUCCAAACAUUACACUGUUGAUUUUGUGCAUUUUACAUUUACUGUACUUUUCACAGCAUUUGUCAAUAACGAAAUCUGAAAAUACUCUGUGGAUACUGUACAUUCAGUAACAUAAUAAGAAUAUUCAUUUACAUUUUGGAGUAGGUGCAAGAUAAGUAAAAAAACGAUUACAAGGGUUUGAGUGAGAGGUCUAACUGGGGUCUCCAAGUGGCCACACACCUCUCCAAACUGUGCACAGUUCCUAAGUAAUUUCAAUGCACUUUUAUGACUCAAGGAAAGAGCCUUCACCUAUAAGGUGCUUUUUUUUUUAGCUCUCCUAGCUUUACCAUUGAGGAACUGAGGCAAGCACACUUGUAGUUUUUUUGUUUUGAACAAAGCUCUGCGUCCCCACCAUCAUACAAUUGCUGUUGUUGUUUACGCAAUGCAAAAACGUUCCAUUUAUAUAUCGCAAUCUUAUUAUAUUUCCAACUAGCUAGCUGUGUUAUAAAAUACGAUCUUAGUGUUUAGGCUUUCAAAAGGCACUUCAGACAAAGAUUGUAAUUUUGAUGCACAUAGAAUGAGUGCAUUCAAGUGCGUGUUCCGCGUCUAAUUUUCUUCACAAUACGACAACAUAAGCUCAUUCUGUUCAGGACAAUCCAGGGUAUAACGCAUGUCAUCCUUGUAACUGUGUAUCAAACUUCGCUAUCGUAAACCUUGAUACUGUAAAUUAUAUGUUUCCAAAUAGGGAAAUGUGAAGUGCACAUUUGGACUCACGGGUGUGCUUGUAUGACAUCAAAGCGGUAUUAUAACCCUCAACGUCUCAUCUUUCAGAACACAUUGACUCCUUUCAAUUUACAGCAUUUCCUUCACUCCGGCAACAACAAAUGUGCAAAAGGGAUGGGGGCAUCUUGUUGUCGCGCACAUGCUCAAGUUUAAAACGGCUAUCGGUCAAAACCGAUACAGCGUUGUAAAGCGGCAAACCUGAGCUCUGACCUCAUGUAUAGCAUGUUACUCUACAGCCACUGCGUUCCAAUUUAGGCACUUGUCAAUGACAAACUCUGCCAUUUUCAACCCGUACACAGGAGGACGGGCUGUGAGUGGAAAGGGCUACAUGAAGCUUGAUUUGAUGCCUGACGCUCUCUCAUCCCUCUUCCCACUCCCCAAGGCCUACGAGCUCUCCACUCUAACGGGCACCCAGGUCCUCCUCCUGGUGGCCAGCGAGACAGGCCACGUCUACACCUUUGCCACGCGCAAGCUCCAGCCCAUGAUCACCAGCGAGACGGGCAAGGCGCUCAUCCAGACGUGCCUCAACUCGCCCGACUCGCCACCCCCCGCAACAGUGGGGUGGGCUGGGGUUCUGACUCAAUCAAUCAGACUACAGCCAGACAGUCAGUGUCAUAACAAGGACAAGGCCAUCCAAAUCAAACUUAGUAGGGCAUAACCCUCGUAACCUAGUUUUUCAUUGUUUGCUUUACUCUCAGUAAAGAGACAGGCUGUGAGCACGUUGCGUGGAGGUGAGCCGCGGGGCCCCCGAGGUGUUUGUUUACUAUUUUGUCCCUCUUUUGAAAGAGACUCGUUCAAAAAUGUUUAUGGAGGAGGAAAUGGACUUAUGCUGAGAGGGAUAACUUGUUCAAAUAGCUAUGUAGAUGUCCUCUAGAAAAAAAAGCAACCAAGUGCCCUAGACUAGAAUGCACGAUGAUGAUACAAGACACUGAAUGCGGUCAGUUGAGUCGUUUUUUUUCCGCCAAAUACACUACCAGUCAAAAGUUUGGACACACCUACUCAUUCAAGGGUUUUUCUUUAUUUUUUUUUUAUUUUUUUACAUUGCAAGGCCUACGAGCUCUCCACUCUAACGGGCACCCAGGUCCUCCUCCUGGUGGCCAGCGAGACAGGCCACGUCUACACCUUUGCCACGCGCAAGCUCCAGCCCAUGAUCACCAGCGAGACGGGCAAGGCGCUCAUCCAGACGUGCCUCAACUCGCCCGACUCGCCACCCCGCAACGACCCGUCCACCGACCAGCGCAUGAGCGCCACAGGCUUCGAGGAGACGGACCUCACCUACCAGGUGUCGGAGGGUGACGGCUGCACGGAGGCCACCAAGGUGAGGUGGUUAGACAGUCUCCUGGGAUUAACGCAACCGAUAGCUGCUUCAGAGAACCUGGGUUACCACGCAUCGAGUUGCCUAAUGCUGUAUUAGAUUAUGAUUUUAGCAUAGCAGUUGCAUGGAGGUGUUUUUCGAACUCCUAGUUCAACAAACAUGUUGAUAUCACACUUUAUUUGGCCUACUGUGCAUAAUAGUAGUAGUAGUAGUAGUAGUAGUAUUUCAGAAUGUGGAAGAGGUAUAUUGUUGCUCUGUUAAUUCUUUCUUCUGUUGGGAAAUUGGCACAGACCUCGGUACCGAAGAGGUUUGCUAGAUUACUAUGCACUGCUGGAAAGAAAAGUCGUGUAGAAUGUCUUAACCUGUUGUAGCAUUCAUCAUCCCUUGAAAAGCAAAGGUGUUGGCUGUCAUAAUCUCAGACAGUGUUAGAAUCAUUGUCUGAGAUUAUGACAGCCAACACCUUUACUUUUCACCUCCUUAUUCUGGUAAAAAGUCUGGGAGAAAAAAAACUGUAGCCACAAAAAAAAUAAAAAUAAAGAUUUGUUUCUGGACCAAAGUCAUAGUGCAGCAUCACAGGACAUAAUUCGGCUUAAACGGUUGACAUCGCUACAGGGGUCCUUUAACCAAAGCUGACCAAUGGGUUAACUGUUAAGUCUCCUUAGACUUCACUAUUAUUUGUGAGCAUAUGAUCCACAAACACAUCUGAAAUGCUUCACAGUAGAUUGAUAAAAAUAAGAUUCGGCCUCUUUGUCCAUAUAUGGGAUGGUUUCCUCUAGUUUCCCUCUUGGCAGAGGGCUGAUUGCAUUCCAUAUAAGCUGCAGCUGUUUUCAGCGUUGGUUGGAGACCGUGAUUUUCAAGGAAACGUGGUGAGCUCUAUGUGAGGAGGUUCAGCGACGUACGCCUACCCGAGGCUAAAUCUUAUGCUUGAGUAAAUAAAAAGGUCCUCGUUGGGUUAGUCUUGAGCUUUAUUGUCAACCACUUGAGGUCAAAGUUUCAUCUCUCACCUGGCUUAAUGCAGAGGGGAAUAAAUGGUAGCUUCCUCGGAUGGUCAUGUAGUUGGCUCAUUCACCCGGCACAGGCCUACACUUUCACUUUGGAAUUAUAGCGUGAGCUACACAAGUUCACGUUAAUAUUUGGUUGUUGGUGAUGAACCACGGUACUACUUCGGCUCACAGCUGACGUGGUGGGAGGAAUCCUCACUGCUCACUCUGUGGAGAGGAAGUUGCUAUUUAAAGGUGGUUAAAGGGGUGUCUGUCUGACUAGUCACCUCUCAGUUGUGGUGUUGUGCAAAGCACUGAUAGAAAGACAGAGUACAGACGAGGUAGAGCCGCACGCUGGUGCAAGGAAGCUGUUGUCAGGAACAAUAAUACAGAUGGACAGGGAUGCUAUUCAGGAGCAAAAGUGGGCUGGGCUUGGGUUCUAGACUCAGACUACAGCCAGACAGACGCCCACAGUCAGUGUCAUAACAAGGAACAAGGCAAUCCAAAUCAAACUUAGUAGGGCAUAACCCACGUAACCUCGUUUUUCAUUGUUUGCUUUACUCUCAGUAAAGAGACAGGCUGUGAGCUCGUUGCAUGGGGGUGAGCCACGGGGCCCCCGAGGUGUUUGUUCACUCAUUUUGUCCCCUCUCUUUUGAAAGAGACUCGUUCAGCAAAUGUUUAUGGAGGAGGAAAUGGACUUAUGCUGAGAGGGAGAACUUGUUCAAAUAGGCUAAUGUAGAUGUCCUCUAGAAAGAAAAAAGGAAACCAAGUGCCCUAGACUAGAAUGCAUGAUGAUGAAUACAAGACACUGAAUGCGGUUAGUUGAGUCGGUUUCUUUUCGCCAAUUACACUACCAGUCAAAGUUUGGACACACCUACUCAUUCAAGGGUUUUUCUAUAUUUUUUUACUAUUUUCUACAUUGUAGAAUAAUAGUGAAGACAUCAAAACUAUGAAAUAACACAUGGAAUCAUGUAGUAACCAAAAAGGUGUUAAACAAAUCAAAAUAUAUUUGAGAUUCUUCAAAUAGCCACCCUUUGCCUUGAUGACAGCUUUGCACACUCUUGGCAUUCUAUAAGCGCUUCAAACGUUCAUUUUUAGCGCUCCAGGAACAAACGUGCAGCUGAAUGCAGCAUUGCUGUCGGCACACUUGACAUUUCCUGCAGUUGAGUAGUAGCCAACCUACUGCCCAAAUGUCGCUGUACAAGUUUCCCCUUUAAAUGAUCUUUUGUUGCCGUUUUUGUUUAUUGGAUAUUCAUUGACAAGCUUUAAACUAAGCCAAACUGCCACAUCCUAGUAGAACUGCGGCACACAUCUGUGCAUUUUCUAUCCGCUGCGCUAUAAACAGGACACACGUAAACAACGUAGUUGACGGUGAAUACACCAAUGCAAGCUCAGAAAGUACAUGGCAACUAUUAAAGUGGCACUCCAGUCUCCUUUUCAUCUCAUUUAGCACCUGAUUUACUUCAAGCUGCAAUAUGUCACUUUUGGGCGAGCCGGCCAAAUUCACAUAGAAAUGUGUGUUUUAUAGAUCUGUCAUUCUCAUUGAAUGCAAGUCUAAGAAGUGGUAGAUCUGUUUUAUAUGUGCUAUUUCUAUGCUUGCUGUACUCAGUUUCGUUUUUGCGUCUUUUACUUUCAGUUUUGUACACCAGCUGAAAAAUACAAUAUUUUUGGUUAUGGAAAAUAUAUUUCACAGCGGUUUAGAUGGUACAAUGAUUCUCUACACCACAGGUGUCAAACUCAUUCCACAGAGGGCUGCGGGUUUUCACUCCUCCCUUGGAAUUGAUUGAUGAAUUAAGGUAACUAAUUAGUAAGGAACUUCCCACCUGGUUGUCUAGGGCUUAAUUUAAAGGAAAAAAACAAAAACCUGCAGACACUAGGCCCUCCAUGGAGUGAGUUUGACACACCUGCUCUACACUAUACUUGCUUGUUUUGUCACAGAAACUGAAAUUAGGCUAACUUAAAAUUGUAUCUACCAGGAAAUGCCGGUGCGAUUUCUGCAUAGUGCAUCUUUAACAAAAGGCUUAAUAGGUGGUCCAGGUAAGUUAUUUGGUAAAAAAUAAGAGUGCAAAGCUGUCAAAGGCAAAGGGUGGUUACUUUGAAGAAUCUAAAAUCUAAAAUAUAUUUUGAUUUGUUUAACACUUUUUUGGUUACUACAUGAUUCCAUAUGUGUUAUUUCAUUGUUUUGAUGUCUUCACUAUUAUUCUACAAUGUAGAAAAUAGUAAAAAUAAAGAAAAACCCUUGAAUGAGUAGGUGUGUCCAAACUUUUGACUGGUACUGUACAUUUUACAGACAGUAUAUUUUUUUACUUGACAAUUGCCACCAAAGCAAGCAAGCCAACCGUGUAGGCUAUUUGGCUUUGCUCUUGGCGAGCUACAUGAGCAUAUUGAACUAUAUUUUCUUUGGCAUCUUAUCUUUUGUCUUUCUCGCUGUGUUGUCUUUGGUGUUUUCUUGGUCUAUGCGGCCGGUUCCGCUGCGUGAGACCUGUGCACCGCUAAUCUUCUCUGCGUGCCCUCUAGGCACAACGCUUCCCCCUGGGCAUGCACACCAUUCCGCUCAGUCUAUCUGUCAGGCCCUCCAGGGCACCUUGGCCCAGACCAGCAUCACACCCACCACCGCGACCCCGCAGGGCACAACACAGCAGGGCCAGCAGACCACCCUGCUCCGCCUACCCGCAACUUGUCUCUCUCACAGGUCAGGUGCUUCUUCACCCCCACCCCCCGCGUCAUGUUUUUGUUUCCUUGCCACGAUACUUCCGAGCAUCAACUCUCCCUGAAUUGCAAAUCAACCCCUAGAAUCCACACUCUUGGCAGGCAAUAAUGCCUUAAUGAAAGAAAUGGUCUGCACAACAAAAUCAUCUUCAAUGAUGAAUUUAUUCUCUGUACGGCCGCAGCCUUCUUUAGUGUACAGAAUAACCAAUUGUGUUACUUUUUAGACGAUUCUGCCUUACAUAUUAGAGGGCAUGAUGGCGCUACCACUAUUUUGCUUACACACAUCCAAUCCUCUCCGAUCUACACCAAGGGGUUGAUUUAGGGUCUGUCUCCCUCUGUCUGCAUGCAUCCUCACUGUCUAAGUUUGUGUUGUCGGUCUCCAAAUUGAGCCCAGUUUGUUUGCAUCUAGGAUCCCAGUAAUUUCUCUGUAGCUACCUCUUGUCGCUGUUCAAAACUGUAUCUCCCAAUAUCUCUAUGCCUGUCUGUUAGCGUCCUUUUCUAGGUUUCCCUUUACCUCACUGUCUCUCUAUGCAUCUCGGUCUUUCUCUCUGCAUAUUUGUCUGAGCCUGCGUCAGUGUCUCUUCCUGGACUUUAGUCCAUCUCUUUGCGUCGCAAAAAUACUGACAUUUACAAUGCAGUGAGAAAGCAUGUUUGAAUGAACUCUUAUGAGUAUGGUGCUCUGCUUGCAAGCAGUCACAGGAGAGGGCUCAUUUGUUGACGGGACAAAGGGAGGCAAUGAGGAUGGAUAAAGACUCAUGGAAGGGUAAACGGGAGCUAUAUUAUAGGAAGUGGAGUGGGAGGAGUAAGAAAGUCAGUGUGUAGAUAGGGACACGAAUAUAGGAGAGCGGAUAUUUCAGUCUGUUCACUGGUCAGUGUUUGUUACUGAAUGUGUGUGUGUGGGGGGGGACGCGCAUUAAGGCUGUUACUGAUUGUGUGUAGCAGAGCUCUAACUGCUGUUAUCACAAGAAAAGGGAAAGAUGGCUUUGUCCACAUAUGCAGCCGACGCCCAAGUAAUUUUUGAGCAGGGUUAAAAAUAACCCCAGAGUUUAUCAGUUGUCUUAGCGGAUGGAAAAAGUGGGAUUGAAAAAGUACCACACUUGUGUCCAUGUAUCCUUACAUAUUUUUCGGUACUUGCAUUUUGUGAGAAUUCUGUGCAACUUCCAGUGCGCGUUUACUGUGAACACUGAGGCUGUAGUCGCUUUAAGUUAGUUAUUUCCCAGCAUUGUUCGUUCAAAAUGGAAAAUUGAAUCAUCUCGUCAUCGCUGUCUCUCCCCUCCCAUCCCCAGACUCAUCUGCUUUGCUUGAUUUUCAUGAAGAUAGUUAGCACACCAGAUUGCUCACAAACUACUUGUGUCCAGGAGUUGAAGCUUAGCCCUUCGAUGGAAUCCUCGAUGUGUAUCAGCAACUUGUCGAAUCUAAAAAACUGAGUGUGCUGACUGAGAUGGACAGAGUGCAUUAUUUUUCUGAAAGUUUCUCGGCAUGAGAGAACUUAAAUACAUUUGGUUGGUACAUCCCCUUAUCUACAUAUCAUAACACAGCCAUACAGACAUACAUAUAUAGAUUCUCUCCAAAUGCACUGAUAACAGAUCAAUAUCAUAAAUAUAUCUCUCCUGCUUUCUCCAUUUCUCUGGACAUGAUGAAGCCGACGUUCACCAUGGCCAAUCUGCCUGCCAGUGUCAACACCCAACCCACGUCGACGUCCUCGUCCUCCACUUCCUCCUCCUCCUCCUCCGUGGCCAUGCACUUGCAGAACAGCAUCCCUGCCACCUGCUGGCAGGUCUCGGCGGGCGUCAAUACUCACAGUGCCACCAGCAGUGCCAACGGCACGGUGCUGAAGACCUCGGCCACGUCAACGAGUGUCAUGCUACCCGGAGGGUUCACCCUCAUGUCCGGUGAGUGAGGGGUCUCCUGUUUUUUAUUUAUUUAGAUAUCUCACUUUCUUUGCCUCAUCAUUUACCCCCUUUUAUUACACACCUUAUUGGCUUGAUUUUCAUCCGUGUCACACCCAAUUUUAUUUACUUCUAUUCACCCCCCUGAAUUUUUCCCUUGCUUCAGAAUUGUCAUUACAAAAAAAUUGGUUUUGAGAAUAUUGCACCCCAAUAAAAAUGUUUUUCUCUGGGGCCUUUUGGCUGUGUGUUUCUGCAUGUGGUUUGUCUGUUUUGUCUGUAUGGCUGUGUUUUGCCUGAGUGUGUUUUGUCUGUGACUUUGUGUUUGUGAGUCUCUUUUGUCUGUGGCUGUAUUAUUUUCUGUGAAGCUGUAUUUUUUUAAAUGUGAAGCUGUCUGUAUUUUGUCUGAGGCUAUGUUUUGUCUGACAUGUGUUUGAGGAUGUUUUGUCAGUGAUGCUGUGUUUUAUCUGUGGCUGUUUUUGUUUGUGUGGCUGUGUCCGUUUUCCCUCCAUCUUAUCUUUUGUCUUUCUCGCUGUGUUGUCUUUGUGUUUUCUUGGUCUAUGCGCCGGUUCCGCUGCGUGAGACCUGUGCACCGCUAAUCUUCUCUGCGUGCCCUCUAGGCACAACGCUUCCCCCUGGCAUGCACACCAUUCCGCUCAGUCAGCUGCAGGCCCUCCAGGGCACCUUGGCCCAGACCAGCAUCACCACCGCUACCGCAGGGCACACACAGCAGGGCCAGCAGACCACCCUGCUCCGCCUACCCGCAACUGUCUCGCUCACAGGUCAGGGGCUUCUUCACCCCACCGCGUCAUGUUUUUGUUUCCUUGCCACGAUACUUCCGAGCAUCAACUCUCCCUGAAUUGCAAAUCAACCCCUAGAUCCUACACUCUUGGCAGGCAAUAUGCCUUAAUGAAAGAAAUGGUCUGCACAACAUAAAUCAUCUUCAAUGAUGAAUUUAUUCUCUGUACGGCCGCAGCCUUCUUUAGUGUACAGAAUAACCAAUUGUGUUACUUUUUAGACGAUUCUGCCUUACAUAUUAGAGGGCAUGAUGGCGCUACCACUAUUUUGCUUACACACAUCCAAUCCUCUCCGAUCUACACCAAGGGGUUGAUUUAGGGUCUGUCUCCCUCUGUCUGCAUGCAUCUCUCACUGUCUAAGUUUGUGUUGUCUGUCUCCAAAUUGAGCCCAGUUUGUUUGCAUCUAGGAUCCCAGUAAUUUCUCUGUAGCUACCUCUUGUCGCUGUUCAAAACUGUAUCUCCCAAUAUCUCUAUGCCUGUCUGUUAGCGUCCUUUUCUAGGUUUACCUCACUGUCUCUCUAUGCAUCUCGGUCUUUCUCUCUGCAUAUUUGUCUGAGCCUGCGUCAGUGUCUCUUCCUGGACUUUAGUCCAUCUCUUUGCGUCGCAAAAAUACUGACAUUUACAAUGCAGUGAGAAAGCAUGUUUGAAUGAACUCUUAUGAGGUUUGAAUAUGGUGCUCUGCUUGCAAGCAGUCACAGGAGAGGGCUCAUUUGUUGACGGGACAAAGGGAGGCAAUGAGGAUGGAUAAAGACUCAUGGAAGGAUAAACGGGAGCUAUAUUAUAGGAGUGUUACUGAAUGUGUGUGUGUGUGUGUGUGUGUGAGGGGGGGGGGACGCGCAUUAAGGCUGUUACUGAUUGUGUGUAGCAGAGCUCUAACUGCUGUUAUCACAAGAAAAGGAAAGAUGGCUUUGUCCACAUAUGCAAGCCGACGCCCCAAGUAAUUUUUGAGCAGGGUUAAAAAUAACCCCCAGAGUUUUAUCAGUUGUCUUAGCGGAUGGAAAAAAGUGGGAGUUGAAAAAGUACCACACUUGUGUCCAAUGUAUCCUUACAUAUUUUUCGGUACUUGCAUUUGUGAGAAUUCUGUGCAACUUCCAGUGCGCGUUUACUGUGAACACUGAGGCUGUAGUCGCUUUAAGUUAGUUUUAACAGUGGCCAUGUAGGCGACUGUGGCUAUUUGAUCAUAAUGUAGGCCUACCAGAGGGCCUACCAUCAAAAACAAUGGAGAAAAUGCAUCCUAUAAAAUUCAAGCCAGUCUCAAAAUACAACACUACCCCUUUUUAAGAAGAUGUCUAGAAAUGUACAUGUUUUGUGCUCUUGUAGGAAGCAAUCACUCCCCCAUUGCUGACUACAAAUUAUCUAUAACUGGGCUAAUAACUCACUAACUAGCAAAGGAUAUGAACAAAUGUGGCUACAUGCAGCUCUCGCUUUGAUCUCAAAACAAGCGCAUCUACUCACGACCGCUCAUGCUGUAAACACAGUCCAGUUUAAAGUAAAUGGCACAGAUUCAUAUUUUGAAUGGCAAUGGUCUAUUUGCGCAUAGGCAUACUGCAGCUCUGAUUGGAUAUGCCACACCGGUCUGUGUAGAGUACGGGCUGAGUCAUGUGUGUCAGUGCAAUAGAAUCCUACUCUGAUGCGUUCUGCCUACAACAAAAUCUCUUGCAUAGUUAGUUUUGCAUACUAAGACUUGCAUAGUUUUUGUUUCGGUAUGUUGCAUUGAAGGUGGCUAAUAUUGCGUUGAUUCGAUCCCAAUUGCCACAGUAAAGGGAAACAUUGAUAGUGUUAACAGGGAAAACUCUAGAAAGUUGAGUGAAGUUUAAUCUCGUGCUUCUCUCAGUGGGCUGAUAUUUCUUCUGCGCAGCAGUCCCGGGGCUACUGCACGGAUGCGCGCUGCUUAGAGGGAACAUUGCUUGUGUCAGUUUUAUAUCUCACUUGGUGUUCAUCUUCAUGAACUGUAGUGAAAGUAGGCUAACAGCUGUGCACAUUCUUUAAAAUUGUCAGUAGUAAUAUCCAAAAGUACUUCAUUUGUAAAAUCACAACGGCUGAAAAUGGAACACCUUUUUGUGUUAAAUAGCAUAUCUGACAGUUGUAUAGAGGGGGAUUCUGUGUUGCUUUUCUGUAGGUCAGUUAACCCUUGCUCAGCCUUGUCCACACCACUUAACCGGUACACACUCAUAACUAACCCGUUCAUAUUUACCACCGAACUGUAGUUAUGUACCUAGCAGAGGUAACAUGCAAACUUGGGCUCUAUAAUGAGUGUGCGAGAAUAGUUGAAUUUAAAAUGAAUAUUCUCACUCUAGGUGUGUGUGCAUGUGCGUCUUUCUCAGGUGGAGGGAUGGGCCAGCAGCUGCAGGCCAUUCAGGUUCACCCCAGCAGCCAGCAGAGCUCUGUGAGCCACAGUGACCUCUCCCACAUCACAAGCAGCUCCACAGGUAAACAACAACAACCAUACACUCUCACUGCAGCCUGUCUGUGCUUAUGAGCCCAUUUUACUAUUAUGCCAAUGUGAUUUGAGGGGGAGGGGGGGGGGGUUGUAAACAGCACUGCGAUAAUAUUAUUAGUAUUAUGAGAAAAAAUAAGUUUAAUGUUAAUUGUUAAAUUGCUAUAUGAUGACUAGUAGGCUAUUUACCCCACUCUCAAACGCGACAAGCAGCGGUCUGUUGGCGUUUGCAACGCCAGGGUUGUGGGUUCGAUUCCCAUGGGGGCCAGUAUAAAAAAAAAAAAUGUAUGCACUCACUAUCUGUAAGUCGCUCUGGAUAAGAGCGUCUGCUAAAUGACUUAAAUGUAAAUGUAAAUGUAAGUUGAUGUAAUAAUGAAACGGGCUCAUUGAUGGAUCCAAUCCGAAGGAGGAGGGUCUGGAAUGACUGGUGUAGAAGAGCAGUAGCCCCAUCUAGAGGGCAAAUAGAGAGACUGACAUGAGUGCUACUUCUUAGUGGCAAGUGAAUCCGAAAUCGACCUCUAGGCUCUAGCUCUUCCUCUAGGCAUUCCUGUAGAUCUGAAAGGACUGGACAGGUAUUAACAAUAUGGUAAUUGCUUCUCCUUGCCUUCUCAUAGGCAGAGAUACUGUAUAUAAUGACGAGAUGGUCUUGUCUCCGCCCUAACAAAGGGAGUCGUCCCAAAGGCAGGAAGGCAGGCGGUCUGCUUAUCUUUGACGGGAGUAAACCCUCUCGCUUCACCUCUUCCUCUCUGUCAUAGGUUAGAUGGAGUUUCCUCCAUUUUUCUUACCUUUCUAAUCCUUGCAGAUUUAUUGGGCCCAGUUUUUCAAAACCUUUCUGAUUUGGAUUUCGGCAAUCGGAUUGGAUUAAAUGUUAGAUUUUGGUAUUUCAAAACAGAAAAACUCGAAUUAUUCUGAUCAUUUGGAUUGGGAUUUGGUAAUCCAAUCUGACCUUUAAUCAAGAUUAACCAAUGAUGUGUAUAUAUAAACCCUGGAUUGCUGAUGCUAUGUAUUGACCAAUAAGAGGCUUUGAAGCCACCGGCCACCAUAUUGGUACUCCUCAGAAGGUGCAGUCCUCCAUAGGAAUGAAUGGAAUUCUACAGUAUUUCAAUUAAAUGUUUCAAGGUCAGAAUUACGUAUAUUUGAGUAUUUAUUUGUUGUAGUGGGGACUGUAACAUUAGUACUCUUUAAAAAAUUAUGUUAAGGAAUAGGUUUUAAUAUUUUUUUAAUGUUCAGUUCACAUAAUAUAAUUUUUAAGUAUGCAUUAAGGUGUCUGUAAUAGAAUAUAGUUGUCAAAAACGAAUGUAGACAUUUAAUUAAUGCAUCUCUAAAGGAUCCACUUUUUUUUCUUUUUUUUAAACAAACAAAGAGUACCAAAAUGGCUGCUUGGUGGCUUCAAACAGAGCUCCCUGUCAGUCAACCAGGGCUUAUACAUACCUUUAAAAUCAUUAAAGGAGAAGUUUCCUUUUUUUACAACCAAAUCUCUAUUUUUGAUGUAAAUGGCAUGUUAUAGAAGGGUCCAUACACCUUUUUUGUGAUUUCACAUGUUUUUGAGAAAUGUGCCCCAAACAACAGCAAAUCACUUCUUCGUGCUCGUUGUGUAGUAUGGAGGCCCUGAAAAAACAUGAACAAACGCUCCAAAAACACCCAAAUACAUUUUAGAAAAGGGAAAAGCUCUCAGUAUAGUGAUACAGGUCUUUAGAUGUUGUACAAAUGAAAUUGUCAUUCCAAACUUUAUCCGCAAUGUUAUAUUCCCUUUGUGUGUUUCUCAAAAACUUGAAAUCACAAAAAAGGUGUCUGGACCUCCUUCUAUAAUAGAGAUUUGGUUGUAAAAAAGGAAACUUCUCCUUUGACAUUUUUUCCAAACUCAAAGGUGUGAUUAGGAUAGUUUUGAUGCCAAAAAUGUGGAUAAUGUUGAUCCCACUGGAAGGGUGGAUAUAGAAAUGUGAAAGGCACUACAACUGAGAAAUGUCAAUGUCACUAAGGUGGGGAGAUCAAACCGCAGUAUUCCAUCUGAAAACCAAAGGUUACUAAUUGUAUUAAAUGCUUGACUGCAGUAUAGGUAUGUGGUCAUUUGUUACAUUGAGAAGUGUCAAAUUAUAUGCAUGUACUUGCAGUACAAGUGAUAUGCAAGCUCUAUUUUUAAUCUUAGUUGCCUUUAUUAACAUAGUUUUCUGUUUCACUGUGACUGUGUAGAAGUAGUAACAUGACCUGUUCAACAUGUUGAAGUCACGAUUCAUAAUUGUACGAAUGAACCUUGCAGAAUAUUGAUUAUGCCCCCCUUGUUGUCCUGUCUCCCUACUCCAGUGAGCCUCCCCACCACUAUCGUCACGUCUUCGGUGCCCUCGACGAUGGGUGGUCACAUGAUGUACCCUGGCGCCCACACUGUCAUGUACGCCACACCUACGACCUCGUUGGGCGACGGCAGUCUGACCGUGCUCAACACCUUCCCACAGACAGCCCAUACGCAGUCCCAUGACCCCGGUGAGCCAAUCAGAGUCCAGAUGCCACAACUGGCCUAACAGGGCGCUGAUAUACACUGAGCUCAAAGUAUUGGUACAGUGACAACUUUUUUGUUGUUUUGGCUGUACUCCAGCAUUUGGAUUUGAAAUGAUACAAUGAGGUUAAAAUGCAGACUGUCCGUAAUAAUUUGAGGGUAUUUUCAUCCAUAUUGGGUGAACCGUUUAGAAAUUACAGCACUUUUUGUACAUUGUCCCCCCCAUUUUGGGGGACCAAAAAGUAUUGGGACAAUUUCACUUAUGUGUAUUAAAGUAGUAAAAAUUUAAGUAUUUGGUCCCAUAUUCAUAGCACGCAAUUGUCCACCUUGUAGAGACUCCCGAGUGGCGCAGUGGUCUAAGGCUGUGCCACUAGAGAUCCUGGUUCGAAUCCAGGCUCUGUCGUAGCCGGCCGCGACCGGGAGACCCAUGGGGCGGCGCAUAAUUGGCCCAGCGUCGUCCAGGGUAGGGGAGGGAAUGGCCGGCAGGGAUGUAGCUCAGUUGGUAGAGCAUGGUGUUUGCAACGUCAGGGUUGUGGGUUCGAUUCCCACGGGGGGCCAGUAUGAAAAAUACAUUAUUUUUUUAUGUACUCACUAACUGUAAGUCGCUCUGGAUAAGAGCGUCUGCUAAAUGACUAAAAUGUCAAAUGUAGAGUCCAUGCCCCGCAAAUUGAGGCUGUUCUGAGGGCAAAAGGGGGGGCUGCAACUCAAUAUUAGGAAGGUGUUCCUAAUGUUUGGUAUACUCAAUCUAUGUCAGCUGUAGAGAGACGAGAGGGCAUGAGAAAACAACUAGUUUUGAUCAGUCAGCUAUAGGAUGACAAAUACCAGAGUUUAGGUACAGCCGACUAGCGCUAGCUAGUUGGAAUCAAAUAUUUUUUCUCCCCAUUUGUUUUUAGGUUAUUCAAAAACAACUAGCACGGCGGGAGAAAUCAGCAUGCAUUAAACUGAAAGAGUGGUUAAUAGGCCAAGUCCUAUUCCUAUCAAAUGGAAAGAAAAUAUAUAAUUGGGCCAUUAAAACAAUAAGACACCAGAGUGUCCGAUCCUAUGAAAAUAGACUUCGGAUUUUGGUCCAGAUCAUCUGACAUUUGAGAGUUUGAGAGAGAAAAAACUCUUAGCUCUGUCUACAUUAUUCUCUUACAUUCUGUAAAUAUAACAUUUAUUGAAAUAGGCUAUAGCAAAUAGGAAUAUAGGCCAUUUUCUCAAUAUCACCCAUGCACUACCCUGCUGUGUGCUGCCUGACUGCUCUUUACUGCAGAGCGGCAUGCAGUCACGUUGAAAUAGCUUAGUCUCGUCUGUCAUAUCAUGAUGUUGUCACUAUCGACGAUGGCUGUCAAUCAUCCUCGAUAGACGAUACUAUCGUAAUAUCGGCCAAACCUACUGGCUCGUUUUAUGUGUGCGAUUCAUUUAUUUGACUUUUUUUCCACUCCUCCCAACUAGGUGCUGUAUCGCAGGUGUUCCUCACAGGACAUCCUGGGACAGUUCAGAUCCCUGUGUCAGCAGUGCAGAUCCACCCGGUAAUGAUACCCAUGUCCCUCUGUCACCACAACUCUACUGUCAUUACUGUCACCUAAACACUACUGUCACCUCAACAUUACUGUCACCUAAUCCCCUCUCCUUUUGACCUGUAGAUGGUGAUUGGUCAGCAGUCAAGCAGCAGCAGCAAUCUCACAGAGCUUCAAGUGGUCAACCUGGACGCCCAUCAUCACUCAAAGGACGAUUGACCCGCCCACAUAUCAAUAGACUGCUUUACCGAGACACACAUUUAAAUGCACACACGCCAGGGGAUCACUGACGCCUUGCCAACAGACUGCCACCCCUAUUUAUUACUGCCAUUUCACAGCAAUGAUACAUUAUUUUUUUUUUAUAAACCUUGUAAGAAUAUGCACACACACACUUACAAUGGUGUUACAGAGGAUUGACGUGUGGUACCGCCAUUUUACUUUGUAUCCAUUUUUGUAUAUUUGUAUUUUCUUUUCUUUCUCUGCAAGAGUUGCUUGGCUUGACAUAUCCACACGUUGCUGGGGCUACAGCUUCACAUUUCAAUCAGACACUUGUAGUGUGUGCACAUAACGGUUGUACGUAUGUGAACUGAAAAGAGGUUUUGAUAUUUUGUUUUUCUUAUGAAUGUAUUCUCUUUUAAGCCCUCUGUGCAUCCUAAUGUUGAUAUUUUUAUUAUGUUGGCUAAUGAAUGAUAACUCUACAAUACCAGUUGCUGUCAUUAGGGUAAUCAUAUUUUUUUUUUUUCAUUUCUGGGGGGAAAUGUGCCAAAUGAUAACAGUAUCUAUUUACUGAUAAUGCUACAGUUAAAUAAAUAUAUACUCAAUUACGCACAGAUACACACAAACAAAGCAUUACCCUCAAAAUCAAGCAUCUGUCAGAUUCACAUACGUGUACAUCAUGACUCUGGGCUGACUCUGCCAUGUAGCUUGAGUGUGCUACGCUUCUGUGCUGUGCUACAAUGGGCUGAUACACUGACUUGUCCUUGUACUCUGACAGGGUACCACCACUGGUCUAGGUACAGUACUGCCCUAUCAUUCUGUAGGUUAAGGAAUUACUUUUGAACAUCACAAGGUUAAUCUGGAAGGCUGACGCCGGCACUUUUUCCUCUUCUCUGUGUGAAUCUACAGCACUUACUCUGUUGCUGCAAAGAAUAGUACUGUAUUUCCCAUCAAAACAACUGAACUAUUACCCCAAUUGUAAGGGUGUGUUUUCAGGAUGCUGGUUACGAUUUCAAUAUUGAAGGACAUUGUCUUAGUACCUAAUACCCAAGAUUUUAUUUUAAACAAUUACACUUACAAUAUCAUACCCUAUGCCAGUCUAGGUUGUCAUAGUUAAAUCUUCAAGAAAAAAAUUCUGGAAUAUGUCUAUCUGGGUUGUGUUCAUUAGGCACCAAACGGAAGAAAAACGAUCAUAUCAAAGCCUGUUUAGCCCAUAUUUUAGAA